CCUUGUGAUGAGUGUAGGUAUCAGGAAGAACUGGGGCAGGAUUUGGGGAUAUCUCCACCAUUGUAGUCGAACUUCCUGUUGGUCCUCCUCCCGUGGAUGUGAUAGAUCCCGUUGAGGAACCAGAGGUUGUCCCCCAGCCAGUGGUAGACCCUAUAACUGGAGACGAUGGUAUAUCAGACACCUCAGCCAAAGUCAGCUUCUCCUUGCCCUCUGAGAUCAACAGCAACGGACCAGUUGACAGGGCUCUGAUAUAUGUUCAGAGGAUGCCCAGCAGUAGCCAGGCCAUAGGGACGUGGUAUGAGAGCAGUCGACUCACCCAAGAAUGGCCACAAUAUGCAGCCCUGAGUGUGAAUAUCACACCUAAUUCACAGGGAAGAAAGAGACAAGAAGGCGACAUUGAAGUGUCAUUCACGAUAGGAAACAGUUCAAUGACGUGUGGCCCAACUGACACAGUCUGCAACGGUCCCCUCAACCCCAGUGCCGACUAUGGCAUCCGCUACACCCUCUUCUCUGGGAUCCAGUCACAGGAGUUUCCUUUCUUCCCCGGCGCCCAGUUUACAACCGAGAGAAUCCCGAGUGACGAACAAUCAUCAAACAUUGGGGCCAUUGUCGGGGCAGUUGUCGGGGUACUCCUGGCUGUAUUGGUAAUCAUCACCGUGGCUGCCGUCGUUGGUUACUUUGUUUUCAACGCCAGACGAAAGGGUAUCAUUGAACUAACUGGCUAUGUCAUCACCAGCAGCAAGCCAAGCGAACGCCCACUCCUGUCCCACAAGAAUGGUUCGACACAUGCCAACAACACCAACAAACCGCCCAUGUUCUUGAGCCCCAGCGACCCAGGCAUCGUGCCGCUGGGCCAAGUCAACAAGAACGCAGCCGGGGCCACUGGCAAGUCUCGCUCUCCCUCCAGGAAGGCUAACUCGCGGAGGAUGAUGUUGAAAGACCUCAGCGAGGCUGUGAGGGAUAUGCUGAAUGACUCUGGGUACAUCUUCUCAGAAGAAUAUGAGAAAGUGACGGAGGUGGGGUUGGACCACAGCAAGGAGGCGUCCCUGAUGGCUGAGAACAGGGCAAGAAUCGCUACACCAACAUCCUGGCCUACGAUCACUCCCGAGUCAAACUGUCUUACGUCGAUGAUGACCCUGGCUCCGACUACAUCAAUGCCUCCUACAUACCUGGAUACCGUAUGCGACGUGCCUACGUAGCCACUCAGGGUCCUCUGCCAGCCACGUUUGAUGACUUCUGGCGAAUGGUAUGGGAGCAGAACACGCACACCAUCGUCAUGCUCACCCAGCUAGUGGAGAGAGGGAGAACCAAAUGCCAUCGAUACUGGCCUGGGGCGGAGUGUAUAGUUUAUGGUGAGAUAGCAGUCGAGAUGUUGAGUGAGAAGGAGAAGGAGGAUUGGACCGUCCGAGAAUUCAAACCGUCUAUGGAGAAGACCAGUAGAACAGUGUGGCACUAUCAGUUCACCUCCUGGCCUGACCACGGGGUGCCCGACACCCCCACUCCAGCUCUGGACUUUGUCAGGACCGUCAGAGAGAGUGUUCUGAUGGACCACGGACCUCUUGUGGUCCACUGCAGUGCUGGAGUGGGUCGCACCGGUUGUUACGUAGCUCUGGACACCCUACUGCAGCACGUGGAGGAACACGACUUCAUCGACGUGUUUGGUCUCGUGAGUGAGAUGAGGCAACAUAGGAACCACAUGAUCCAGACUGAGGCGCAGUAUGUGUUUGUGCACAAGGCCAUGGUAGAGUUCAUUGACACCCACUACACCGGCAAGUCUCCGACUAGAUUUGGAACCUAUCCUUCCCUCUACACAAACAAUUUUGCAGAGGAUUCAACUCAGAUGACUGAUUAUUACGGGGACUUCCUCAGCGAGGAGACCCACAUGUAGCUACAUACAUAUAAUUGCCAUGGCUAACAUUAUUAUUAAUUGUGUAGCAGCACUUUUGGUGGAUCAUUUUCUGUUAUUAUUUAUUACACUGACGAGCUUAUCCAGCCAAAAUUUUUUUAUUGUGAUUAUUGAUUAUUUGUAACUUUAACUUUACUAAUCAGUGCAAUGAUAGUGUGUAAUUUGUGUACUAAUCAUAGCCUUAUUGUCACUUUUUAUAAUGCCUGCCUAAUUAUUAUUUUCAAUUUUAGAGGUUAUA